CAGAAAGUUUGUUCGAAGGAAAAAAAAAAGUAUAAAGAGACCCCACAGUUUGACCGACACCAACUUUUCUCAUCAAAAAAGCAACCAGUUUUCUCAGAUCGACAUCGACAUUAACAUCGAUACACAGCACUUCACUCUGUUACUCAGACACUUCAUCCCUACAAGCACUUUCACACACAUCCCACAACAAACCAGUUCUACUAUGGCUUCAACUCUCGCCAGAACUUCAAGAUCCAUUGUCAAGUCUGUCCUCUCUCGUGAACAAGGCGAGGGUGUCGGUGCACGAGUCCGCCGAUCCAUUGGUCGUCCCGAACUUCGCAAUCACGACCCCUUCCUCAUGCUCGACGAGUUCAAUGUCGACAAGAACGGUGGUUUCCCUGACCAUCCUCACCGCGGCUUCGAGACCGUGACCUACAUGCUCGAGGGUCAGUUCCAGCACGAGGACUUUGCAGGACACAAGGGAACCAUCGGACCUGGUGACCUGCAGUGGAUGACCGCUGGACGCGGUAUUGUUCACUCGGAGAUGCCAGUCAAGUCUCAGACCCGUGCCCACGGUCUGCAGCUCUGGAUUAACUUGCCCAAGGAGCACAAGAUGUGCGAGCCCCAAUAUCAGGAACUACUCGACAAGGAGAUCCCUCGCGCUACACCUGAGGAGGGUGUCACCAUCAAGGUCAUUGCGGGCGAAUCGCAUGGCGUAGAGAGCAAGGUUUACACUCGCACACCCACCAUGUAUCUGGACUUCAAGAUGGACAAGAACAAGACGGUCGAGCAGUCGAUCCCUGCCAGCUACACCGGAUUUAUCUACAUGCUCAAGGGUACAGCGUUCAUUGGUGAUAAGGAAUUUGAGGGCAAGGCACACCAUACUCUUACGUUCUCAGAGGAUGGUGCCGAGAAGAUCAAGAUCAAGACCAAGGGCGAGGACGCACACUUUGUGGUGAUCGCGGGCGAGCCGUUGAAGGAGCCCAUUGUCCAGCACGGUCCAUUUGUGAUGAACUCUCAGGAGGAGAUCUACAAGACCUUUAUGGACUACCAGUAUGGUCAGAAUGGAUUUGAGCGCGCCCGCAAUUGGCAGUCGACCAUUGCUUAAAGUCAUCAAUGCCAUUCACUACUUCCUCUCCACAAACUAUUAGUAUUAUGUACAC